CCCUGCCGCGCGGUGGCUGCUGGGUGCUGCAAGGCUUCCCUUCCUUCUCCUCUCCCCUCCCCCAUCCCUCCCCGCCCCCUGGGCCGCUCCGCUCCCUGGCGUGACUCGGCACUGAGAGUCCCGGGAGAAGGCGUCGCGGUCGCCGCCUGUUCUGUCCAGGCCUCGGCCUUCCUGAGCGUCUCUGCUUCCUCUCCCAGAUCGUCUUCUCCUUCAGUUUCGAAGCCAGUGGCGUCGCGGCCACCCUGCCGGGCUCUCUGUGAGGAUGGUGGGGGUGAAGCCCGUCGGGAGCGACCCGGAUUUCCAGCCAGAGCUGAGCGGCGCGGGCUCCCGACUCGCCGUGGUCAAGUUCACCAUGAGAGGGUGUGGGCCAUGUUUGAGGAUUGCCCCAGCAUUCAGUUCUAUGAGUAAUAAAUAUCCACAGGCUGUUUUCUUGGAAGUCGAUGUACAUCAAUGUCAGGGAACAGCUGCCACCAACAAUAUAUCAGCAACACCUACAUUUUUGUUUUUUCGAAACAAAGUGAGAAUUGAUCAAUAUCAAGGAGCAGAUGCUGUGGGAUUAGAAGAAAAAAUCAAGCAGCACUUAGAAAAUGACCCUGGAAGCGGUGAAGACACAGAUAUUCCAAAAGGCUAUAUGGAUUUAAUGCCUUUUAUUAACAAAGCUGGUUGUGAAUGUCUUAAUGAAAGUGAUGAGCAUGGAUUUGACAACUGUUUACGAAAAGACACGACCUUCUUGGAAUCUGACUGUGAUGAACAGCUACUUAUUACUGUGGCAUUCAAUCAACCUGUUAAGCUUUAUUCCAUGAAAUUUCAAGGACCAGAUAAUGGUCAAGGCCCUAAAUAUGUAAAAAUUUUUAUCAACCUGCCCCGAUCUAUGGAUUUUGAAGAGGCAGAACGAAGUGAACCAACUCAAGCUCUGGAACUGACAGAGGAUGAUAUUAAAGAAGAUGGCAUUGUUCCACUUCGUUAUGUUAAGUUUCAGAAUGUUAACAGUGUAACUAUAUUUGUUCAGUCGAAUCAAGGUGAAGAGGAAACAACAAGAAUUUCAUAUUUUACUUUUAUUGGUACUCCAGUCCAGGCAACAAAUAUGAAUGACUUCAAACGAAAAAUACACAUUGGCAAGUUGAGAGUUAUCAGCCUGUGAAACAGUAGUUGGCAAAAAAGGAGAAAGCCACUAAGGUGCAAAAGAUACUGGACAACCAUAUUGCAAUCAGAUCUACAGCUCCUGGAUAAUUGCUUGAUUCUCGCCAGAGACUGUCAAUGUUUCAUUCAUUGCCAUUACCAAUAAAUCAUUGCUUUUGUUCAGAUGGUAUCACUAGUGUUUCCAUUGUAAUCUUGACACAUGCAAUUGUAAAUAAAAGUCACUACUUUUGCCAAGCUUAAUUUUUGUCAUUCUAAAUCAGUAUUUUCUCUUUCCAUGUAUUUGAAAAUUGGUCAACUUCUGAUUUUAGAGGAGAGUUAAAUGUCUGUCUGGUAGUGUAUUAAUUGAAAGCCAGUUUCUUUAGAAAAGGAUAAACUGGUUUAGGGAAUUAAGGAGUACAUGUGCACACAUUCAUAGCAAGUGAUUUUGGUAAGUGAACUUGGAACAGCUAACCAUGUUAAAUCAGCACUAACUUGCAUUUCUAUUAAAGGACAUUUGGAUAUCUGAGCUAUAGAAAUGACUCAAAUUAUAAAUUAGAAGAAAUAAACAGGUUUAAUGAGAUUUAGCUACUCUUACCUAAAACUUAGCUAAUGGGUCCACAAAUUCGUGCUUGGUAUAUACCAAGAUUUUAAUCUCUUCUGGUAAACUUUAAAAUUUGAGUCAGCCCUUUUUUAAAAUUUUUUUAAACUAAUAGAAGAAUGUGGAAAUCAGACAGUUGGGGAAAAAAAUACAGCACAGUGAAUUCAGAAAACAGUAGGAAUUGGCCAGGUGCAAUGGCUCAUGCCUGUAAUCCCAGUACUUUGGGAGGCUGAGGCGGGCAAAUCACCUGAGGUCAGGAGUUCGAGACCAGCCUGGCCAACAUGGUGAAACCUCGUCUUUACUAAAAAUACAAAAAUUAGCCAGGCAUGGUGGCGGGUGCCUGUAAUUCCAGGCUACUUGGGAGGCUGAGACAGGAGAAUCAGCUGAACCCAGGAGGCAGAGGUUGCAGUGAGCUGAGAUUGCGAGAUUGCGCCCCAGCCUGAGCAACAAAGAGCAAAACUCCAUCUCAAAAAAAAAAAAAAGAAAUGAUUACCUUUAAUCAAGUAUAUAUUAUCUGAACUACCAAAACGUGCAGUGUAAAUAUACAGAGAACAUGUUUUAAGGUUGAAAAUGAGGUGCCCAAAUAGAAAUGUUUAAAAGGUCUUACAAAAGGCUGGUAAAAUAUUCAUUACCUUUUUUAUCUUAAAAUUGUAAUCAAAAAAGUAUUCGUAGAUUUAAUUUUAAUUUAAAGAGUACAUAAGACUAAAAUUGUGAUUCAGGUAAACAUUUGAGGGCAUUUUUGUCUAGGAAUAUGGUAGAGAUACCAUUUGCCUUUGUGAGAGCAGUAUAUUUAUACUUGCUUAUGAAAAAGUUCUACAGAAGGUUUAGUGUUGAAGGAGGCCCUUUCUGAAACCCAAGUGUCAUUAGUUUAGUUCAUUUGUAUAUGGGCACGUCAGCUGGUCUGUGAGGAUGUCUGUAUCUUAACACUCCUUACUUAGACCAUCUCAGAUUAAGCACAUCUGAAAUUAAGGAUAAGAUUAAUACACAGGGUUUUGGUUUACAGUUUUGUAUACUUAACCUUUUUGAGUAAUUGUUAAAGUGCCUCAUCCUAAGUAUUGGUGACCUUUUCCUAUUUAUACUUGACAGUUUGAAAACCCAGUGAAAGAAAUUUCGUAUUUGUAAAGGAUUGGGCAUCAGAUUUAUAUUGUUUAUGUGACUUUUCUAUAACAAUUGGUUGCAGUAUGCAAGCAUUACAUAAUUCAAAUUGUAAAUAGAAUGGUGAAAACCGAAUGUUUAUAGGUAACUAUAACAUGUUUCACUUACGGGAAAUCUUACUAUUCCAAAUAAAUAUGCAUAAUUGACAUUUAAAAUAUCAAGCUGAAAUGCUAAUGUUUUCUCCUAAAACAGUAUAUAUAUACACACGUAUGUGUAUAUAUAUAACAUUUAUAUAUAACACUGAAUUUUCCAGAUGAAGAAGAGCAUUUGAAAAAAUGUAACUCUAGUUAUUUUAACUGAAGUCAUUUAUGAGUGCAUCUAGAAAACUGGUAGUUGGUUUCUUGUUCAUUUUGUCAGACAUAGCAAAAAAUAAUCUCAUGAUUUGUGUAUUUUGUUACAUUGACAUCAGGUGCUUUUGAUGAGAAACAGUGAAAUACGGUAUUCAUAAUAGAAACAAAAGUAAAGUAUUGCAGUAGGAAGUCUUUGUCAGCUUAAUGCUGAAGCCAAGAGUAGUACAAGGUACCACAUUCUUGUGCCCAUGGCAGGCUUUUAUAAUCUGAGUUCUUUUUGAGAUCAAGCCCCACAUUGUUCCCCAGUCUCAAUAUACUGUUGGAGGCAGCGACUUAACAAUUAGAGUUGAAACCUGCCCCACAUUGUUCCCCAGUCUCAAUAUUCUGUUGGAGGCAGCCACUUAACAAUUAGAGUUGAAACCUGCCCCACGUUGUUCCCCAGUCUCAAUAUACUGUUGGAGGCAGCCACUUAACAAUUAGAGUUGAAACCUGCCUGCCAUCCUUUGUCUCAAUGUUUGAGAAUGUAUGCAGUGUUUUUGGCAGCGAUUAUAGGAAUGCUGUUGUAUAUUUGGCCUCAGCAGUUUAUUUAUGGCUGCAAUUAAUAUCGCUGAUGAUGGGAUUUUAAACCUAAAAUAGUUCAGACCCUCCCUUGUUCCUCUUAAUGUCUAAAAGCUUUGAUUCUGUAAUAAGAAUAAAGUUUUGGAGUUGAAUAAAUUAGUUACACCCCUUCCUUUGUAAGCUUUAAAAACAUGAAAUGUAAGGCUUACUCAUGUUGCUUGUAUUGAUAUUCAUUUAGUUCAAUUUAGUAGGUUAAUUUUUGUGUGAGGUAUAUCUCUUCUGGAAUUGAUCGUUUGUGAUCUUAGACAAUUUUUUUUUUUAAGUUAAGUAACUUAGAAUCCAGCUGGGAACAGUGGCUCACGUCUGUAUUCCCAGCAUUUUGGGAGGCCGAGGCGGGUGGAUCACUUGAGGUGAGGAGUUUGAGACUAGCCUACCCAACAUGGAGAAACCCUGUCUCUGUUAAAAAUACGUGGUGGUAGGUGCCACACACAGCUGCUUUGGAGGCUGAGGCAGGAGAAUCGCUUGAACCCAGGAGGCGGAGGUUGCAGUGAACCAAGAUCGUGCCACUGCACACCAGCCCAGGCGACAGAGUGAGACUCUGUCUAAAAAAAAAAAAAAAAAAAAAAAAAAUCCAUUCACAGAGCUGCUAAAGAAAAACGAGAGAAAUAUUUUGCUCAUUUAGCUUUAAAACUCAUUAUUAGAGGUGUGUAUUUUGCAAAGUUUUCUAAAUAUGGAUUAUGCUUUAUAAUACAUAUAAAGCAAGUACAUAUAACAUGCAUAUAGUAGUUAAAUAAAUUUAAAAAAAUUGACUAUUCCCCAGUUAAGCCUAUACCUCUUAAGGAAGACUACAGAUGUCAUUUUAAGCAUGUUUUAAAAUUCAGGUUUUAUUUUUAGAUCAAUAAGAUUUUUUUUUACAUGCUCAGCACUAUAGGAAUAAGGACAGUGAAGAUUUGUAGGCUAAUAAGAUUGCUUUCAAACUUUGUGGCCCAUGUAAAAUUCUUAGUUGGAGAAUGUGUAAUUAGAUACCUAUAAGAUAAAGAGAUAACCUUUAGAAUUUGAAUGUACUAAAAUUGUACACAGCUUGGAAUAAUAUUAAAAUCUUAAGGAUAUGCAAUGUUAAAACUG